AUGUCGAGAAAAUCGUUUUGUGGAUCGAAUUCUAAUAUGAACCAACUGUUUCGUCCUGAAUUUGGGUCUUCACAGAGUUUGGCAAACAAUGAGAAAUUAUGGCAUUUGAUGCAAAAUUAUCUCCCUUCAGAUAAGAAGAGGUGAAUUAUAAUAUUUGAUAAACUUAGUAUUCAAGAGCAAAUAGUGAACCAUGUUGAAUUUUCAUUGGCAAGAACUAGAUUUGACUUUCAUCAAGUUCACUGUUAUCAAGCAGUUUCAAGAUCCUUAAGAGAUAGAUUGAUAGAAAGCUUCAAUGAUACUCAACUCUACUUUCACGAGUAGGAUUGUAAGAGAAUCUAUUACUUGUCAAUUGAAUUCUUGAUUGGGAGAUGCUUACAAAAUGCUGUUAGUAAUUUAGGACUUGAAAGUGCAUAUGCAGAAGCAGUAUAAGAGUUGGGAUACAGAUUAGAAGAUCUCUAUGAUCAAGAAGUGGAUCCAGCCUUGGGAAAUGGGGGAUUAGGGUAAAUCAUAAAGUGAAUAAUAGACGUCUGGCAGCCUGCUUUUUAGACUCAUUGGCAACUCUUAAUUAUCCUGCUUUUGGUUACGGAAUCAGAUAUAGUUAUGGCAUCUUCAAAUAACUUAUUUAAAAUGGUCAACAAGUAGAGACUCCAGACUACUGGUUAGAGAGAGGUAAUCCUUGGGAAAUUGAAAGACUGGAUGUUCAAUAUCAGGUGAAAUUCUACGGAUAAGUUAUCAAAAGACAUGAGAAUGGUUUAGAGAAGUGUUAAUGGGAAGCUGGAGUAAAUAAGUUAUAUAGAAAAUUAGGAAACAAUAGUCGCCAGGGCUUAUGACACUCCCAUCCCUGGAUAUAUGACUUUCAAUACUAUAGCUUUGAGAUUAUGGAGGUCAUUGCCAGCCAAUGAGUUCGAUUUUAGCAAAUUUAAUGAAGGGGACUAUUUUAGAUCAUUGGAAUCAAGGGAAAAGGCUGAAUAUAUUACUUCUGUUCUCUACCCGAAUGAUAGUUCUUAUGCUGGGAAGGAAUUGAGACUCAAGCAAGAAUACUUGUUAGUAAGUGCCACUCUUUAGGACAUUAUACGUCGAUUUAAGAAAGUAAGGAGAGACUGGUCAUAAUUGCCUGAAAAGGUGGCUAUAUAAUUGAAUGAUACUCAUCCCUCUUUAGCUAUUGUGGAAUUGCUUAGAAUUCUCAUUGAUUAAGAGGACAUGACUCAUGCCAGUGCUUGGGAGAUAGUAUCUAAAAGUUUUGGAUAUACUAAUCAUACUGUGUUACCAGAAGCAUUGGAAAAGUGGGGCAUAGAUUUAUUAGGUCAUUUGUUGCCUCGACAUCUUGAGAUUAUUUAUUAUAUCAACAUGAUAUUUUUAAAUAAAGUAAGUGCUAAAUUCCCUGGGGAUUGUUAAAAAUUGUCAUCUCUUUCAUUAAUUGAAGAAGGACCAAUUAAAAAGAUAAGAAUGGCUAAUUUAUCCAUUAUAGGAUCUCACAUGGUGAAUGGAGUGGCUAAGAUUCAUUCAGAUCUACUAAAAACAGAUUUAUUUAAGGAUCAUUUCGAAAUGAGACCUAAGAAAUUUAUUAAUAUUACUAAUGGCGUAGCUCCUAGGAGAUGGCUGAGAUCUUGCAAUAAACAGUUGGCUAGAUUGUAUGAUGAAUUACUGGGUACAGAUGACUGGGUUCUCAACAUGGAUCUCUUGAAGACUCUUCAAUGUAAAGCAGAGGAUCAAUUGACUUUGGUGGAGUUCAUGAAAAUCAAAAGAGAUAAUAAACUGCGUUUAAUUAAAUGGGUUAGACAAAAUUGCAACGUGGAAGUCAGUGCUGAUACUCUGUUUGAUAUUUAAGUCAAGAGAAUACAUGAAUACAAACGAUAAUUCAUGAAUAUCCUCUAUGUCAUUUACAAGUACCUUUUAUUAAAAGAUACUCCAACUGAAGGCAGGAAAAAGUUUGCCCCUAGAACCGUGUUCUUUGGUGGCAAAGCUGCUCCAGGCUAUUUAAAUGCCAAGAGAAUCAUCAAGUUGAUCAACUCAGUUGCUGAAGUCAUAAAUCAUGAUCUCGACACUAAUUACUAUCUCAAAGUUGUGUUCCUCCCCAACUAUAAUGUGUCAUCGGCUGAAAUCAUCAUACCAGCCUCUGAUAUUUCUUAGCAUAUCUCUACUGCAGGCACUGAAGCAUCAGGUACAUCAAAUAUGAAAUUUGUCAUGAAUGGAGGAAUCAUCCUUGGAACUUGGGACGGAGCCAAUAUCGAAAUCGCAGAGGAGGUUGGGUUGGACAAUAUAUUUAUAUUUGGUGCUAAGGUUGAGGAAGUGUCUUCAUUAAUCGAUUCUAUGAAAAAUACAGAUCCAUAUAUAUAUAUCCAAAAACCAUUAUGGAAUGUCAUUGAAUCAAUCAAAUCUGGUAUCUUUGGACAUGAUCAUCAUGCUUUAUUGGAAUCCAUUACCAACAGAAACGAUUACUAUUUGGUUGCUCAUGAUUUUUAUCACUAUGCCAAAACAUAAAUUAGAGUAUCAUUCCAUGUAAUUCUAGAUUGAUCAAAUAUAUUAAGAUAAAAUUGCCUGGGCCAAAAUGGCUUUCUUUAAUUCAAUCAGAUCUGGAAAAUUUAGUAGUGAUAGAACUAUACAUGAGUAUGCUAAAUAAAUCUGGUAUUUAUUUAUUUCAUUAUUAGGAAAAUUACACCAAUUGUAGUACCACAACCUACUGCUAAUAAAUAAGACAGAUUUAAACUAUAAAAAUGA